AUGGAAGAAGUUUGUCAACUGCAGUGUAGAGUUUGUCAAAAGGUGUUUCCAAAGUUUGAUCAGCGUGGAUUUAGAAAUGCAGGAUUCACGGCUCAUCAAAAUAGAUGUAUUGAGAAAGAUUACCUAUUAAAUAACCCUAUUCCUAAAAAACAGACAUCGCCAAAGCAGAGACUUAUUCUACCUGCUCCUUCGAAUUCUGUACCAAUCUCUACGUAUACUAUACCGAGCACUUUGUGUCCCAUUAAUAUUACUAUAGCUCAAAAGAAUAUGUCAAUGUUCCAAUACCGCCAGCAUCUACACCAAUUUCCGCAAUCCCAUCAAACUGGAACUGAACAUAACGAGGACGGCUCUUACACUACCAAAACUAAUCGAACAGAAAAUUUGGGUGUUUCAUUGUUCCCUUCUGGCAACUAUUCUUACUCCAGAACCCCCAAUAAUGAAAUGUUUUAUCCAGUUACACAUUGUGGAUAUUGUAAUCCAGAAUUCGGUUUACAUCAGUCAUCAUGCUCAUUUCUUUCACAAAUACUUCAUCAACAACGACCCCCUAUGUAA